AAACGUGUUCGAUUACUGUUCUUGGGGUAAAGCUUGGUGAUUUAUAUCUAUACGAGAGGGAAAUCAGGUGGGGUGUGUUUGUUUUAUGAGUUGGUUAAUGCUGUGAGUGAAGGAAAGAGUUUGGGAGAAAUGAGUAUUGAGAGAGGGAAAAGGAGCAUGCUUGGGAACGGUGUUGUUGGGAUCCUGGGAGAGUCUGCGAAUAAAUGGGAAAGAAGGGCACCUUUAACCCCAUCACACUGUGCUCGAAUACUUCACGGUGGGACAGGUGUGUCUAGAAUUAUUGUUCAGCCUUCCACUAAGAGAAUUCAUCAUGAUGCUCUCUAUAAGGAAGUUGGCUGUGAAAUAUCCCAAGACUUGUCACACUGUGGUCUCAUCCUUGCCGUUAAGCAACCAAAGCUAGAGAUGAUAUUACCAGAUAGAACUUAUGCCUUCUUCUCCCAUACUCAUAAAGCACAGAAAGAGAACAUGCCCUUGCUAGAUAAGAUCCUAGCUGAGAGGGCAUCGUUAUAUGACUAUGAAUUAAUUGUUGGGGACAAUGGAAAAAGGUUACUAGCAUUUGGAAAAUUCGCUGGCAGAGCUGGAAUGAUUGACUUCUUACGUGGAUUAGGACAGCGAUUUUUGAGUCUUGGAUAUUCAACACCUUUCCUGUCACUGGGAUCAUCUUACAUGUACCCUUCCUUGGCUGCUGCUAAGGCUGCUGUGAUUUCUGUUGGUGAAGAAAUUGCAACCCAGGGAUUGCCAUUGGGGAUUUGCCCCCUGGUUUUUGUGUUUACUGGUUCAGGAAAUGUUUGUUCUGGUGCACAAGAGAUAUUUAAGCUUCUUCCUCAUACCUUUGUGGAUCCAUCUAGACUAUGCGACCUACAUAAAGUGGGGCGUGACACAGAUCAACCACGGCAUUCAUCAAAAAGAGUUUUCCAAGUUUAUGGUUGUGUUGUUACUGCCCAAGACAUGGUUGAACCCAAAGAUCCCAUGAAAGUGUUUGACAAAGCAGACUACUAUGCACAUCCAGAGCAUUACAAUCCCAUUUUCCAUGAAAAAGUAGCACCAUAUGCAUCUGUUAUUGUCAAUUGCAUGUACUGGGAGCAAAGAUUUCCUAAGUUGUUGAGCUAUAAGCAGAUUCAAGAUUUAAUGAGAAAGGGGUGCCCACUUGUUGGAGUAGCAGACAUAACGUGUGAUAUAGGGGGUUCAGUUGAGUUUGUUAACCGCACUACCUCAAUUGAUUCACCCUUCUUCAGAUAUGAUCCCAUAAUGGAUUCCUACCAUGAUGACAUGGAGGGGAAUGGUGUGAUAUGUUUAGCGGUUGACAUUCUUCCAACAGAAUUUGCGAAAGAGGCUUCCCAACAUUUUGGAAACAUACUGUCCCAAUUUGUCAUAAAUUUGGCUUCUGCUACAGACAUUACAAAGUUGCCUGAUCACUUAAGGAGAGCUUGCAUAGCCCAUGGAGGUGUGCUAACCUCCUUAUAUGAUUAUAUCCCACGCAUGCGGAACUCUGAUUCAGAGGAAGUAUCAGAAAACUCAGCAAAUUCUUUAUCUAACAAGAGGAAAUACAAUAUAUUGGUAUCUCUCAGUGGUCACUUAUUUGAUAAGUUUUUGAUAAAUGAGGCCUUAGAUAUUAUUGAAGCUGCAGGAGGCUCCUUCCACUUGGUCAACUGCAAUGUGGGUCAGAGUACUAAUGCUAUAUCAUACUCUGAUCUUGAAGUUGGUGCAGAUGAUAGGGAUGUUCUGGAUCAUAUCAUUGAUUCUUUAACUUCUCUUGCUAAUCCAAAUGAAAACUCUAGAUUUUUAAAUCAAAAUUUAAGUAAAAUUUCACUUAAGCUUGGUAAAGUCCAAGAGAAUGGCAUAGAGAAGGAACCUGAUGCGAAAAAGAAGGCUGCAUUUUUAAUUCUUGGUGCUGGUCGGGUCUGUCAACCAGCUGCUGAGAUGUUAUCAUCAAUUGGAAGGCCUUCAUCCAGUCAAUGGUGUAAAACAUUGUUGUAUGAUGAUCUUGAAGAUCAAACUGAUGUUAAAGUCAUUGUGGGAUCUCUGUACCUGAAGGAUGCAGAGCAGAUUGUUGAAGGCAUUCCAAAUGUAACUGGAAUUCAGCUUGAUGUGAUGGAUCGUGCCAGUCUUUGUGAGUGUAUUUCACAGGUUGACGUCGUUAUAAGUUUGCUGCCCCCUAGUUGUCACGUUAUCGUAGCAAAUGCUUGCAUUGAGCUGAAGAAACAUCUUGUCACUGCUAGCUAUGUUGAUAGCUCUAUGUCAAUGCUAGAUGAUAGGGCUAAAGAUGCUGGUAUAACAAUUCUUGGUGAGAUGGGAUUGGACCCAGGAAUAGAUCACAUGAUGGCAAUGAAGAUGAUCGACCAAGCACAUUUGCGGAAGGGGAAAAUAAAGUCUUUCAAUUCUUACUGUGGUGGACUUCCAUCUCCUGAAGCUGCUAACAAUCCAUUAGCUUAUAAAUUCAGUUGGAAUCCUAAAGGGGCCAUCCGAGCUGGGCGCAAUCCUGCCACCUACAAAUACUGUGGUGAAACUAUACAUAUUGAUGGGGACGAUCUUUAUGAUUCAGCUACAAGACUAAGGAUACCUGACUUUCCUGCUUUUGCUUUGGAAUGUCUCCCAAACCGUAACUCUCUACUUUAUGGAGAUUUGUAUGGAAUAGGAUCUGAAGCAUCAACAAUUUUCCGUGGAACUCUCCGCUAUGAAGGGUUUUCUGAGAUUAUGGGGACACUUUCUAGGAUUGGCUUAUUUAACAACGAAGUUCAUCCGAUUCUACAGAAUGAACAGAGACCAACUUUCAGAAAAUUCUUGUUUGAACUUCUCAAAGUUGUAAGUGAAGAUCCAGAUGGACAAUUGAUAGAAGAGAAGGAAAUCAUGGAAAGGAUAUUAACAGUAGGGAAUUGCAAAGAUCAAAGAAGUGCAAUGAAGACAGCAAAAACAAUUAUAUUUUUGGGACUUCUUGAGCAAACAGAAGUCCCUGCUUCCUGCCAAAGUGCUUUUGAUGUUAUCUGUUUCCGUAUGGAGGAGAAGUUAUCCUACUCCAGCACCGAAAAGGAUAUGGUGUUUUUGCACCACGAAGUGGAGGUAGAAUACCCGGAGAGCCAACUCACAGAGAAUCAUAGAGCAACUUUGCUUGAAUUUGGAAAGACUGUCGAUGGAAAAACCACGAGUGCCAUGGCCCUUACUGUUGGUAUUCCAGCUGCUGUUGGAGCUCUGCUCUUACUGACGAACAAAAUUCAGACAAGAGGUGUCUUAAGGCCUAUCCAACCUGAAGUAUACAAUCCAGCACUGGAUAUUAUACAAGCUUACGGCAUCAAGUUGACUGAGAAGAAUGAGUAAUUUGCAUCUCUGAAGAUGGUGUUUGGUGUAUAUAACAUUAUGUAAUGAGAAUGUGAAUAAUUUCUACCAUAAUAAUUGCUGCAUUUCUACAAUCGCAACCACCAUCGUAUAUAAUAAAGUGUCAGAAAUGGACCAUACGGCACGGCACCAUCAAAUUCCCAUUUCGAUAGGAGCAAUAUCAGUUCAUGAACAUUUAUUGUAUACUAAUCAGGAAGUAUGACUCUAGAUGAUGUAUUGAAGACAAGAUUACUCUAAUAACUGGCACU